CUCCGCUCCCUGCCUGGGCGGCUUCUGGGCCGGCACGUUUUGGGGCAACCGAGCCCGCAGCGUGGCUACCGUGGGGACUCCCCGACCGACUCGGGGAAGGACUUGCUGGAGAUCCCCUUGCCCCCCUGGCAGGAACGUCCCGACGAGCCGCUGGAGACCAAGAGAGCCCGGCUGCUGUAUGAGAGCCGAAAGAGAGGGAUGCUGGAGAACUGCAUCCUGCUCAG